GCGGCCUGAAGAACGGCUACGUGCGAGGAGGCGCCGCCGACGCCCACAGCCAGAUUCAUCAUGUUGUCCACAAUGGAGCCAUGUAUAAAAGACCCUUCAUUGAAGCUUUUGAGGAAACGCCAAUGCUGGUUGCAGUUCUGACUUACGUAGGCUAUGGCGUCCUCACCCUUUUUGGAUAUCUUCGAGACUUUUUGCGGUACUGGAAAAUUGAGAAAUGUCAUCAUGUAACAGACAGAGAAGAGCAAUUGGAUUUUGUCCCUUUGUACCAGGAUUUUGAGAACUUCUAUACCAGAAAUCUGUACAUGCGCAUUAGAGAUAACUGGAACAGACCAAUCUGCAGUAUUCCAGGACCCAAGAUAGACUUGAUGGAGCGGGUUUCCCAUGACUACAACUGGACCUUCAAGUACACAGGGAAAGUGAUAAAAGAUGUAAUUAACUUGGGGUCCUACAACUAUCUUGGAUAUGCACAGAACACUGGACCUAUCAUUGAGGCAGCAGCUCAAGUUAUUUUGCAGUACGGAACUGGAGUAUGCAGCACAAGGCAAGAGAUGGGAAACUUGGACAAGCAUGAGGAGCUGGAACGAUUAGUGGCCAGAUUCCUUGGCGUAGAGUCUGCAAUGACAUAUGGAAUGGGAUUUGCAACCAACUCAAUGAACAUUCCUGCUCUGGUUAGCAAGGGCUGCUUAAUUCUGAGUGAUGAGUUGAACCAUGCAUCUCUUGUACUAGGAGCAAGGCUUUCAGGAGCAACUAUCAGAAUCUUCAAACACAAUAAUAUGCAGAGCCUGGAGAAACUGCUCAAAGAUGCCAUUGUAUAUGGACAACCUCGCACACACAGGCCCUGGAAAAAAAUUCUCAUUGUUGUUGAAGGUGUAUACAGCAUGGAGGGAUCCAUAGUCCGUCUACCAGAAGUAAUUGCGCUUAAGAAAAAGUACAAGUCAUACCUAUAUCUGGAUGAAGCUCAUAGUAUAGGAGCACUGGGUCCUUCUGGCCGGGGUGUGGUGGAUUAUUUUGGACUUAAACCAGACGAUGUGGACGUUAUGAUGGGCACAUUUACCAAGAGCUUUGGAGGUUGUGGAGGAUACAUUGGAGGCAAGAAGGAGCUGAUUGAUUACCUUCGUGUCCACUCUCAUAGUGCAGUUUAUGCCGCACCACUGUCUCCGCCAGUUGUGCAGCAAGUCAUCACAGCAAUGAAGUUUAUUAUGGGUGAAGAUGGCACAACCAUUGGCAAGCAGAGGAUACAGCAGCUGUCUGAAAACAUCAAGUAUUUCCGAAGGUCUCUAAAGGAAAUGGGCUUCAUCAUCUAUGGAAAUGAAGACUCUCCUAUUGUACCUUUGAUGCUGUAUAUGCCUGCAAAAAUUGGAGCAUUUGGGCGGGAGCUCUUGAAAAAGAACAUAGCAGUCGUCGUCGUGGGUUUCCCUGCCACUCCAAUAAUUGAAUCCAGAGCCAGAAUGUGUUUAUCAGCAGUUCAUACCAAAGAGAUGCUUGAUAUUGCUUUAAAGGAAGUAAAUGAAGUUGGAGACCUCUUGCAAAUAAAAUAUUCCCGUCACCGAUUGGUACCUCUCCUUGACCGGCCUUUCGAUGAGACCACAUACGAAGAGACAGAAGACUGAGUUCUCCCUCUAUGUCCUGUGGAGUUUGCUCCUCUGUAACAAGACUCUUGUAUGGUUCUGAGGCCAAGGUUCUUGAACCAAGCACUCACUUACUGCUUUAGCAUAUAAACAGUGACUUUUUACUUGCACCUGAAGUAGCUACAGGAGCUCUAAAAUUGUGUUUUGUACGUGGCAAAGCAAAAUCUGGC